UGACAUUGGGACGCGGAGUAAAGGACUGUAGGCAACUGUCCACGUCUGCGCUUUCGCAAUCCGGAUGCGUUAGGAUUCAUAUCAAAGCAACGCCGUCAUGGACGAGGCGGAGGACGGCGAUGAAGACCACAAAGAGACGCUCAGGGGCGACAUCAUUGACUCUUCUUCCAAGAUGAAGAAUGUAACGCCAGGAGGGGGAGCAACGGCAGCGGCGAGCAGGAUCUCCAACAACAAGGACUUAGUCUCCGUCUCCUCUGGACGCAGCACGGAAUCCAUCGCGCUCCUCUGCCACGGAGAUGUUUCCAGGGACAAGAGCGGGUUUGACGGCGAGGAUGGCACCGGAAUAAGAUGCGUUAUCAACGGAGACUGUCGAAGAGACGAGAGCUUGCCCUCAACCCACUCCAAGCAGGAGAAGCAGACAGGUGGAGGCUUCCCAGCAUCUGCAUGUCACUCCAGCACCUCCAGCAUGGACGGCUCGGUCACUUCUGCCCCGACCGCCGCUGCUCCUCCCGCUGACAAGAAGGACUCCAGAGUUUCCUUCUCCAGUGCUCCACCGGCCCACGGACCGACCUCGAACCAGCAGCAGCAGCCGGGCAAUUCUGUCAGCUUUCCCAAGUCUGAGGAUGGCCAGAUCACGGCAGAUGAUGCGGAAGCCAGGGACAAUCAAACUCACAUGCAGAGGCAGUUUAGCUCCAUGUUACAGCCCGGGGUCAACAAAUUCUCACUGCGUAUGUUUGGAAGCCAAAAAGCAGUGGAGAAGGAACAGGAACGAGUCAAAUCCGCUGGCAAUUGGAUUAUUCAUCCAUACAGUGAUUUCAGGUUCUACUGGGAUUUCACAAUGCUAAUGUUUAUGGUGGGCAACUUGAUUAUCAUUCCUGUGGGCAUCGCCUUCUCUAAGGAGGAAACCACCACCCCUUGGAUUAUCUUCAAUUUAGUAUCCGACACGUUCUUCCUCAUGGACCUGGUACUGAACUUCCGUACAGGCAUAGUCUACGAAGAAAACACAGAGAUAAUACUGGACCCUCAAAAGAUCAAGAAGAAGUACCUGAAGACGUGGUUUGUGGUGGACUUUGUCUCAUCCAUUCCGGUGGAUUAUAUCUUUCUAAUCGUAGAGAAAGGCAUCGACUCUGAGGUUUACAAGACGGCCAGAGCGUUGCGGAUUGUGCGUUUCACCAAGAUCCUCAGUUUACUGCGACUUCUUAGACUGUCCAGACUGAUUCGUUAUAUCCAUCAAUGGGAAGAGAUCUUUCAUAUGACCUAUGACCUGGCCAGUGCAGUGAUGCGCAUCUUCAAUCUAAUUGGCAUGAUGCUGCUUCUGUGCCACUGGGAUGGCUGUCUGCAGUUUUUGGUGCCCAUGUUGCAGGACUUCCCUUCGGACUGUUGGGUGUCUCUUAACAAGAUGGUGAACGACUCCUGGAGUGAGCUGUACUCCUUUGCCCUGUUCAAGGCCAUGAGCCAUAUGCUGUGUAUUGGGUACGGACGCCAGGCCCCUGAAAGUAUGUCUGAUAUCUGGUUGACCAUGCUGAGUAUGAUCGUGGGAGCCACCUGCUAUGCCAUGUUCAUUGGCCACGCCACCGCCCUCAUACAGUCGCUGGACUCUUCCCGGCGCCAGUACCAGGAGAAGUACAAGCAAGUUGAGCAGUACAUGUCUUUCCACAAACUUCCAGCCGACUUCCGGCAGAAGAUCCACGAUUACUAUGAGCACAGAUACCAGGGCAAGAUGUUUGACGAGGAAAGCAUUUUGGAAGAACUGAAUGAGCCGUUACGAGAGGAAAUAGUCAACUUCAACUGCCGGAAGCUGGUGGCGUCCAUGCCGCUGUUCGCCAACGCAGAUCCCAACUUUGUGACAGCAAUGUUAACUAAGCUCCGCUUCGAGGUCUUCCAACCAGGAGAUUACAUCAUUCGUGAAGGAACCAUCGGCAAGAAGAUGUACUUCAUUCAGCAUGGUGUAGUCAGCAUCCUGACCAAAGGGAAUAUCGGCAUGAAGCUCUCUGACGGCUCCUACUUUGGGGAGAUCUGCCUGUUGACCCGUGGAAGACGAACCGCCAGUGUGCGGGCGGACACCUACUGCCGACUAUAUUCACUCUCCGUGGACACCUUCAAUGAAGUACUGGAGGAGUAUCCAAUGAUGAGGAGAGCAUUUGAGACGGUAGCCAUUGACCGCCUUGAUCGAAUAGGCAAGAAGAACUCCAUCCUGAUACACAAAGUACAACACAAUCUUAACUCUGGCAUCUUCAACAACCGUGAGAACGAGAUGAUCCAGGAGAUUGUAAAGUACGAUCGGGAAAUGGUUAAACAGGUUAAACAAGGGGACAUGCAAAGGCCCAGGGCCAUGUCUGUGACUCCUUCAACUCACGGGAACAUGUUUGCACCUUCUAGUCAACCCACAACAAGUUCUGCCAUUGCUAGCCUUCAGCAGGCUGUUGCCAUGAGCUUCUGUCCCCAGAUGGACAACCCUCUAGUGGGUUCUGGGGCUGUCCAAUCUCCCCGCAUGGUGCGGCGCUUCCAGGUGGUCCAGAGCCAGACGCCCCCAGGUUCCCAGUACUCCACCUUAGCCCUCGCCUCUGCCCUUGCAAGCACACCUGUCCACAGUCUUCUGGCAAAUACUGGUCGAACGUUCCAGUAUGGUUCUAGCCCCCCGGGUGCACCCUCGGGCUCCCAGUUAUCCCUUGUACAGCAACACGUUCCCAGUCCCACACAUCGACCACCAGUCCCCAGGAGCACUCUAAGCCAGGAUGCCCGAGCCCUAUCUGCCUCCCAGCCAUCCUUACCCCAUGACAUGGUGCAGCCAGCUGCCCCAAGCCCUCCCCAGUCCACCAGGGUCUCAUCCACUUCCAUCGGUCCCCCUCAGAACCUCCCAGGCCCUGCUGGUCUUAGAGGAAGUAUCCCACCCAGAAUGGCACUACCCCAUCAAAUGUCUGUAGGUGCAUUUCCUCCUGCCUCCCUUCCUCAGAUGAGACCCAGCUUGGAUUCAGGACUGCCCAAGAAGGAUUCAAUAAUCAGUCUCCCGGAAACUGAACCACAUCACAUCAGAUCUAGAUUAUCAUCAAAUUUGUGACCACGAUAGAGUUGGCGGGCUCUGUCUGGGUCAGGAACGUGUGGACUCUCCUUCCCCAAGUACUAUUCCUGCUUCCCUGUCACACCUUUGAAUUUUACUCUCAGAAUGUAUGUGGUGUGACUGGCCACAAGGGCAAACAGACCCUCGAGACUUGAUAGUAUAAAAUGAACAUGUCUGUAUCAUUCUUACCACGAUGGGAACUUUUCCAUUUUACCUAUGAUAUAAACAUCAAUGUAGCUUCCACCAUCACAAUUUGCCUCUUUGAAAUGGUUUUCCUUAUUGUAGCUGUUCACAAAGAUUACAAAUGUACCACCUCCCUUUUAUAUACUGUAGUUCAAAUCAUGCAAACUGACAUGUGUCUGAAUACCGGUACUUAGCAGUUUGCUUCUGAUCAAAAUGUAGGAGCUUACUCCCUCUUCUUAACAUGAACCGGCUAGAUCAUAGAUAUUUAACCUAUAAUGCGCAAUAUUAGAACUGUUAUAGAAAAAAAAUAAUGUAUUCAACGGCUCUCGAGUCCCAAACCGGUAUUGAAACGGGAUGUAUUCUUACUGGAACUGCUGUCCAUGUGUUUGUCGUAUUCCUUCAGACCAAAGUUGGGCCAAAGGAAAAUGUUAACAUGAGAUGACAUGUAAAGGUGUGUCAAAAGAAAUGAAAGGAUAAAAACAAAUAUAAUUUCAUUGCCUUGAUUUUGACUAAAAAUACUGUGUGUGUGUGUGUGUGACCAUAAGUGUGUGUUUUUCUUAGCUAUCCCACAACAGAGCACAUUUCACUUGAUUUAGCAUUGGGACAAUUAAACGAAUCAAUAGUUUCCUAAUUAAGGUUCAUGAAAGUGAAUUUCACAUAAAUUUCAAGCUAAUUAUGCUAAGUACGAAGUACGAAGUUUAACAACAGGGAGACUAAUUUGCCCUAAUCUGUUGCAUUCAAAUGCAUUUAAGUCUUAAUUACAAAGUACUUAAGUAGCUUUGUUCUCAAAGGUCAGCUUUUCAUAAUCAAUUGAAUAUUUAUUUCAAAGAUUGUCCUGUUUGUAAAAAUCAUCCUCCCUUACAAAUACAGCAGAAAAUGCAUGAAUAUGACUUAAUGCUCAAAGCCUAAGCAGUUUUGAGGGGGACUGCGCAUUUUAGAGAGCUAGUGAGGUUAUGCGGGUGAGUACAUUGGCGGUGAUUACCCCCUCCUCUGAAAUGUGACGAGAACCAUCAAGCGAUGAUGAGUCUCUCCACUAUCUGUUGUUUGGGAGCGCUAAAUAACUCACUCGCCAUGGCUACCUAAUGAGGUCUGAUGUCCUCUCGGUCUUUGAAUCCUUGAAAACCUAUUUAUAUUCUGCUGUUACUUACCAUUGCACAGCUUGAAAGAGACUAUAGGCUGCUCCUAUUUGUUCUUGGCAUCUGGAGACAAAGCCAAGCAUCAAUUGAUCGUUUAUGACUUCUAAAAAUAAGAACAAAAUGGGCAGAUGGUUGACAGUAGCAUCAGACUGUUGGUAUGCAAGGUGUAAAGUUCAUUUUUGAUGACUGUGAAUAGAAUCAUAAUGUCUUUUCCUUGUAAAAACAGUCUUUUAAAUGAUUCCCUGCGCACAAACCAGUGCUGCCCCAUAAGCUGAUUAAAAAAUCUUAUAGCUGCUUUUAAUGAUGCACAUGUCCUCAGUUUUAUGUUGCACCAAACACAGAUGUUGAUUUUAUUCAAUAUAUGCCAAGUGUUACUUUCUUGCCAAAUUCUAAGUAAUAUUUCAAGCAAUAAAGUUUACAAUUUGUCCAUGAGAAAAGAACAUUGUCUCAGUUGUAGUUAUCAUUAACAAUAAACACGUUCCACAAAGUACCACUAAGUUUUACUAUGCAUUAUUGUA